UUUCUGUCGUCAGUCGUCUAAUGCAACAAAAAACGUCGAUUUAAAGGAUUUAUCAGAAGAUAUUUGUGGUUAUCAGCACCAUAAAACUGUUGUAUUAGGAAGAAUGUCCUUCUCUGAACGCAAAGGACAUAUUUAGUUGGUUUUACACUAAGUAUCGUACGAGCUUCAUAGAAGUUGUUUGGUCAUGGAAGAUAAACAAACCAUUUCAAAGAAGAAAGAUGUUAAUGAAAAGGGAGAAUAUGUUCGACCAGAGUCUGGUUUUAGGCAUUGGGUUAAAGCUGACGGUUCAACUGGCUUCAAGCCUGAGCGAGGCAGAUACCAUCUUUAUGUCUCCUUUGGGUGUCCUUGGGCACACAGGACCUUAAUUGUGCACAAGCUGAAAGGCUUGGAAGAUGUGAUUACUGUUGAUGUUGUUGACUGGUUGCUGGAGAAGCCUCAAGGAUGGAAAUUUGCUGAAGAGAAAGAUGGCUGUACCCCUGAUACAGUGAACAAUUGCCAGUUUUUGAGUCAGGUGUAUGCUUUGUCAGAUCCAACAUAUGUAGGAAAUUGGACAGUACCAGUUCUGUUUGAUAAAGUGAAGAACACCAUUGUGAGCAAUGAAUCCAGUGAGAUCAUUCGAAUGCUCAACAGUGAAUUCAAUGAAUUUUGUUCUACUAAAGAACAACAGAUGCUUGACCUCUAUCCUGUCAACUUGAAAACAGAAAUUGAUGAAGUGAACAAGUGGAUUUAUUCAGACAUCAACAAUGGUGUUUAUCGAUGUGGGUUUUCUACCUCACAGGAACCUUAUAAUGCUGCUGUUCAAAAACUAUUUCAAGGUCUUGAUAAGGCUGAAGAGAUUCUUUCAAAACAAAGAUAUCUCACUGGAAAGAGGCUGACUGAAGCAGACGUUCGUCUUUUUGUCACUUUGAUUCGUUUUGACGUUGUUUAUCAUGGUCAUUUUAAGUGCAACAAGAAACGGAUAUUUGACUAUCCAAAUCUUUGGGGUUUUACAAAAGAUAUUUAUCAAACUAACGGCGUCGCGUCCACCGUCAACUUUGAGCAUAUCAAACGACUUUAUCAGGAAAGUCAAAGAUCCAUCAAUCCUUAUGGUAUCGUAUCGGUGGGUCCUGAUCUCGACUUGAUGUCUGCUCACAGCCGUGACGAGAUGUAAAUAAUACGAAAAUUUUGUCUUCGAAAUUAUUCACUGUGACUUCGAAAUGAAAUCCGAUUGACACGUUUCCAUUAGUAGGCAUCACUUUUGCCGGCAGGUGCCUUGCUGGAUAAUAACCUGUGCACGGCAUGUUGUCUUCAUGUUUUUCAUUUCAAAUUCAUAACAUGACUGAAAAUCGACUACUUUUUUCUCGUAUGAGUCGUGCCAGUGAAUCGCCGUGCAUGCAAUGUGUGAACUAACCGAUGGCUGGUCUGUUUACCCGAUCCAAUUUUGUCGAGUCAAAUUCAAUUCUAAUGCAGUAUGACUUAUAUAUAGUCUGUUUUCUUGCAAUGAGUAUGAGCAGAUAUUGUAGAUGUUUCAGGUUUUUAAACAUAUUUCAUAGCUGCUUUAUCAAUAACAGACUACUUUCACAUGUCAGAAGUGAUCCGAGAAAAUAAAAUGAAAUUGAUGAGGGCAGCUUUUGCCGGUUGUCAUGAAAACGUUUUUUUGCCAUCACGCCACUCUUCUUUUUGCUUGUCAAAGCAAACAUAUGAAUCAUGAAUGAAUGACGUCUAUAAUAUAGCAAUUAAAAAUAAAACAGGUGAAAAAUAUUGAUAGUUCAGUGUUGUCAGAAUCUUGUCGAAGUAAGUGUUGAAAACUGAAGGAUCUCAUGCACUCAAUUUUGAGGUAAGAUAUACUGUAGCUGAACAUUGUUUUGUUAAGUACAACGAAAUAUACUCAGUCUGUGUAUGUUUGCGGUUUGCAUUGCAUACCUUUCAAGUGAAGGUAUACCUUUCUCUUAAUUCUUGGCUAUUUAUUGCAGGAUAUACUAGUUUGUUGUAAUACGGAGAAAUUUGAAACGAUUAUAUAUCAGCUUUUGAUAAGAGCGAAUGUUUUCUGUUUUCUAUGACAUUUUUAAUUACAUAUGGCAUUAUUGUUAGUUUUUAAUUUCCUUUUAUUUUCUGUUGAUUAGGAUUAUAUCGUCGUUCAAAUUAAAAAUUACGAGCAAUAUUGUCUAAUCAGACGUUGCAAUUAACUUUUGAUAGCAGACAGAGGUGUAUGUAAUAUCGG